CGUCAGGGAAUUUCCAGUAAGGAAGUCAAGCCGUCUAUUCAAACGUCGCGUUGAUCUCGACAUGAUUUACUGUGAUCAUUCGCGACCGGCGAUUAAAAUCGAUUGAUCGAUCGAUGCGCCUUUUAACCUCAGUGGGCCUUCUGCUAUCCAUGUCUGGCAGACGCAACGAUCUUCCUGAAUAAGGAGCCUGCACUGAACUGACUUUCUAUGAGCUUACAUUAGUUGACUUCAGCGCAACAUGGAGAAAUAAGUUACGAAUAAGAAAGCUUGACUCGGAAUCCCAGAUCCCAGCUGUUUGAUGUUGAUCCUGAACCACGAAUAUCUGUCGGGAAAGGAAUCAUGGCUGGAGAGGACACAUACCAUCCGGGGUUCAUGGUGGAACCAAUUGAAUUCAAUAACGAAGCAUUGUGGAUGAACAUGGACCCGACACCAUUUCCAGGCAUUCACAACAAUAAUGUUAUGAGGACAGUCGACGGACCUUAUCUGCGAAUCAUCGAACAACCAAAACAGAGGGGCUUCAGGUUCCGCUAUGGAUGUGAAGGCCCUUCCCAUGGAGGACUCCCAGGAGCCUCCAGCGAGAAGAACAGGAAGUCGUACCCACAAGUGAAGAUCUGCAACUACCAGGGAGCAGCACGAGUGGUCGUUCAGCUGGUGACCAACUCUCCGGAGCCCCAUCUUCAUGCUCACAGUCUGGUGGGCAAACAGUGCGAUAAAGGAAUCUGCAUUGCCGAUUUGCAGCCUAAAGAUUCAAGUAUCAGUUUUCCUAACUUGGGCAUUUUACAUGUGACAAAGAAGAACGUGAGUAAAAUUUUGGAGGAGAGGAUGAUUGAGGCCUACAGGAUGGGAUAUAACUACGGCAUAUUCAUCAAUCCUGAAAUAGAUGCCCUACAUGGAGAAGUUCGCAUACCCAGAGAACUCACAGAACCUGAGAGGACCCUGAUUAGCAGUGCAGCCAAUAAUCAGUCGAAGGAGAUGGACCUGAGUGUGGUCCGGCUCAUGUUCACAGCCUUCCUGCCCGACAGUGAUGGAGGGUUCUCCCGCAGGCUGGAUCCGGUCAUUUCCGACCCCAUCUUUGACAGCAAAGCCCCAAAUGCAUCCAAUUUGAAGAUAGUACGGAUGGAUCGAACUGCCGGCUGUGUGACAGGAGGAGAGGAGGUCUAUCUGCUAUGUGACAAAGUCCAGAAAGAUGACAUCCAGGUGCGGUUUUAUGAAGAUGAUGAUUCGGGUCUAACCUGGGAGGCCUAUGGGGAUUUCUCUCCGACUGACGUCCAUAGACAGUUUGCUAUCGUCUUCAAGACGCCUAAAUAUCGAGACCAGAACCUCCAGAAGCCCAUCUCUGUGUUUGUGCAGCUCAAGAGGAAGUCAGACAAUGAGACAAGCGAACCCAAGCCAUUCACUUACCAUCCACAGAUUAUAGACAAAGAAGAGGUCCAGAGAAAGAGACAGAAAACCCUGCCAAACUUCCAGGACUACAGCGGCGCAGGAGGCGGAGCUGGAGGCAUGUUUAGAGGAGGAGGGGGUGGGUCUACAGCAGGGGGCGGUCCCAGUGGAGGAGGUGGAGGGCAUUUUUUCCAGGGAUAUUCAAAUUAUAACAAUUAUGGGACUGGAUACAACUUCUCAGGCAUGGGAGGAGGCGGGACUAGCAUCAAGCAUACAUAUCAAGACCCAGUAGAAGACAGUGAAGAGGAUAGCGACAGUGAUACAGAUGAUGAUCCUGCUUCAGGUGGAGGGGUGCGGAUCUGUGCCCAGCCUGAACCUGUUCCCCUGAAUCGGGGAGGGGCUAGUGAUGACGCACAGCCUACAGAAGAUCUCGAGUUAGACGCCACAGGCUGUGUGUUAGAGCCACAUUUGGCUGAGCUAGCUGGAAGACAUGCUCAAGCUCUCUUUCAUUACGCAUUAAGCGGUGAUGCUAGAAUGCUUCUGGCUCCACAGCGCCCCCUCAUGACCACUCAAGACGAGAACGGAGACACGGGUUUACAUCUGGGAGUGAUCCACAGUCAGGCAGAUGCCGUGCGAAAUCUAGCACAAGUCAUCUCUGAUCUCCCUGGAGAGGAUGUACUCAACAUGAGGAAUGAUCUCUAUCAGACUCCUUUGCACCUCGCAGUGUUGACGCAGCAGAAAGAGGCAGUCGAGGCUUUACUGGAGGCUAAGGUGGACGUCACGCUGACAGAUCGCCAUGGAAACACGGCGCUUCACCUGGCGGCUCAACAGAAAGAGGAAAGCAUGCUGCGAUUGCUGCUAAAGCACAAGUCAGUGGCGCAGUUAACUAGCAUGCCCAACACAGCAGGUCUCUGCGCGCUUCACCUGGCUGUACAGGCGAACAGUCUAAGUUGUGUGCGGGCCCUGUUGGAUGGCGGGGCAGACGUGGAGGUUCAGGAGCUUACGUGUGGCCGCACAGCACUUCAUCUGGCCACAGAGCUGGGAAACCUUUCCCUCGCCGGCUGCCUCCUGCUGGAGGUACUACUAACACCUCCAUACAUGAUCAAUGAGGCGGUGAAUGGCUACUUUAGUGCAAAUAUUUCUAUUAUUUUAAAGUUUACUCUGCUGUUGUAUUGUUUUUUCAACUGA